GGUUGACCUAGAUUGCUGGUGCAUCGUGGGUAAACAGCAAAAAUCUGCAAGGUCGCACCGGUCAGAAAAGAUGUUGAGGCAGUUAUCACACAGGUUGACCAGGGCCGUCCUUCCCGCACUUCGACAGACGGUACAGCCCAGGAGAAUAAACCCUGCUGCUUCUUGCUAUUGCACCAAUGUCGCCAGUGAGACUGAUAGGAAGAUUGUAGCUGAAAAGAUAGCUACAGCAUCAGGGGAAGUAGCCAACAUGGAUCCUGAGGAUGCUGUGGAAUUGGGAUAUGUCAGACAAUUUAAAUUUGCUACAGACAUUUGGGAUGUUGAAGAUGUCAUCAACAUAAUGCAUCAAGAAGACAGGGUUCCAUUGCCAUCCACUGUUAUUGCUGGGCUGGAAGCAUGUCGUCGAGUCAGUGACCACAGUUUAGCAAUUAGGUUUAUGGAAUCAGUCAGGUACAAGUGUAUAGCCGACAAGUCGCUAUGGGAUUACAUUUCUCAGGAGAUAGAGCCGACACUUGCAGAGCUGAACAUCAGUUCCCUGAAGGAAAUGGGAUAUACAGAGCCUGAACUGGCCACUGUGAAUCCAGAUUACGUGUUUGCUAAGAAACUCACCUGGUGAUCUAGGGAGAAAUAGGAAUCUUUCUUUUAAAGAGUGACAUUUGAUGUAUGGCAGUAGACAUUGGACAGAAUUACAAGUGAACUUAACAGCACCAUUCAGAAUCAGAAACAAGUUUGUAAAGUUAUAAAAAUGUGUUUACAAUUUAUGAUUAAAGGUUUUAAAUGUU